AUGCUAGGCCUGUGUUGGACACCAGCUGCUGUACAAGGCAUGAAGAAACUGGCUAGCACCAUGCCCUCCAACUCCGAGCAGCUGGUGGGAGCGAUUCUUGUCCGCAAGGAUAUCUUUCACAGGUUUGAGACAACCAUGAGUGACACCUGUCUGGAUGCUAACAAUUUACUAGAAUAUCUGUUUUCUCUCUACAACAGCACUGCCUCACCUUCAGAGCGAGAUCAUUUCACAUCAGCGCAAGAAUUAGAAUUCAUGCGCAGAGACUUAAACCACAACAAGAAGGGAACAUCUUGUGUCCAACCAGAAUUUCACUACCAAAAUAACACAAUCCACUCAAAAUUACCUGUGUCGACAGUUCAGACAAAGUUUUCCAGGAAGGGACAUCACCCGCCUGUGGCCACAAACGGACACAGAAAGAAGAUCAAAACAGAACAGCCUGUCAUUGCAGAAAAUGUGAAUGUUUUGAGAGAGGAUGACUACUACAGUCGGCCGCUGACAUUAACACAGUUUGAGAGUCAGCCAGUGUUUCCGGAUAACAUUCGUGAUACUCCUUUGAGCAUGAAAUUGGAGUUAACACCUGAAGGAGAGUCCACACAUGCGGAAACAACAUAUCUACAACCACUGAGUCAAAUCCCUCCACCUAUCAGCACGCCCCACAGCCCUGCUUCAGUUCAGUACUUGAAUACUUUGCCCAGCUCACCACGCAAAGAUAGUCACCUCAUCUUAGGUGUAGAUGUGGGAAUCGAUCCUAGUUCUGGUAUUCAAACAGAAGGGGAAGGAGCUCUACCACAGGUGUUAGAGACACCACAGAAAAUCAAGGCAACCAAUAUUUUAUCAUCACUUGUAGGUUGUGAACAGUCAGCUGAUGAUACUGGUGGAAACAGUGUUGAAUACCAGGGCAGGAAGAAGAGGCAUCCAUGUUUCUGUGGAGCAAUGUUUACCAGGGCAGAUAACCUCAAGCGGCACAUCCGUAAAUGUCAUGAAGAGAAGUUAGAAAAGUUGAAUCCAACACAUUUGGAUUUUGACACGGAUAACAGCAGUGCACAGGCAAUGGAUUUCUCACAGUCAGAUCAGACAAGGGUAGAUGAUCUACCGCAGACUCAAGAUUCACAGGACUACUUGCAGCCUCCACAGCAGCAUCAACCAGACCAACAGCAGCCAACACAGCAGCAUCAACCAGACCAUCAGCAGCCAACACAGCAGCAUCAACCAGACCAACAGCAGCCAACACAGCAGCAUCAGAAGGAUGAUAUGGAAACGUCUGCCAGAGACCUGGAAUGGUCCUGCUUUUGUGGAAAGAAUUUUCAUCACCACCAGGAGUUUGUGGAGCACACACAAACACACAGUGACACUUAA